GCGACGCCGCCGGGCGCUGCCCGCCGCGGACCGAGCCGAGCGGGGCCGCCGCUGCCGCCGUCACCCGCGGCGGGACCUGCGGCGGGAAGGAGAGGCCGGGCUGCCGGGCCGGGCUGCCGGGCCGAGGGAGUUUCCACAAUGGAGAAGAGGGAAGGUGGUAAUGGUGCAAUUGAUCAGAAUGCAGGUCAGAACAUCAUGCCAAGAAGAAAUACAGGAAAUCUUAACUACUUGAAUGUGGAUAUGCAGGUUGCCAAUCCAUCAGAAGCAGCUGCACUUUUUGAUUUACAUCAAGCACACCAUUUUGGUGAGUUUGAAUACCAUUCAGAACAGCACUGCAAGCAGGAUCUGUUCCCUAAGUGGCACUUGCCAAUGAAGAUAGCAUCUGUGAUCUCAUUAUUAACAUUUAUUUACACUUCCAUCAGAGAUGUCAUAUAUCCUUUUAUAACCAAAAAGGAAAACGUUUUCUAUAAAAUUCCAAUCCUUGUCAUAAACAAAGUUUUACCAGUGACUUCGAUUACCCUUUUAGCACUAGUGUAUUUACCAGGAAUAUUAGCUGCUAGUUUCCAGCUGUACUUUGGCACCAAGUAUAAAAGGUUUCCCCAGUGGCUGGAUAGAUGGAUGUUAUCAAGGAAACAAUUUGGACUUCUCAGUUUCUUCUUCGCUACAUUGCACGCCUGCUAUAGCCUGUGCUAUCCAAUGAGAAGAUCAUACAGAUACAAGCUGCUGAACUGGGCAUUCCAGCAGGUCAAACAAAAAAAAGAAAAUGCCUGGAUUGAACAUGAUGUUUGGAGAAUGGAGAUUUAUGUGUCUCUAGGAAUUCUGGGACUUGCUUUGCUGGCCCUGUUGGCAAUAACAUCAAUUCCAUCUGUCAGUCUCUCUUUGACCUGGAGAGAGUUCCACUACAUUCAGAGCAAGAUGGGAUAUUUAGCCCUGCUGCUAUGCACUGUUCAUGCACUGGUGUUUGCUUGGAAUAAGUGGGUUGAUGCUAACCAGUUCAUCUGGUACACACCACCUUCAUUUAUGGUUGCAGUUUUUCUUCCUCUUGUAGUUCUGCUGUGUAAAUGCGUACUGCUCCUCCCGUGUUUUAGGAAGAGGAUAAGAAAAAUCAGAAGUGGUUGGGAAGCUAAGACACAAGCCAAUCAAACCAGCAUAACUUCCAGACUGUAGAUCAAAUAUGGACAUUUCCUCUUUAUGGAUCUAAAUAUUCUCAAAGCUAUGAAAUUUUCACUCAUGAGCUCUGUUUUCACAUUUGCUAUAGAUGUGUAUUUCUCACCUUUUUUUUUCUUCAGGAGUAUGAAAUACUUGAUGCAAUUUUGUUGUUUUCAAAGACAGAAAAAGAAAAAAUCUAUUUUACACUUUAAUCUAUUCAGUGUUUUGGUAUUUGAUGAUUUCUUUCUUCUGACUCACUGUUUUUAAAAUCCAAGUGUUUCAUUGUCUCAGUCCCAGUUCUUUUGUAUGCAAAAGCAAACAUAAAUUAUUUCUCCAGAUGACCACAGAAGGUAAAAAAAUGAUUACCCUGCAGAGCCCAGGAAUGCUUUCUGCUUCGCACAGCCAUGUGUGUAUCUUCACUAAAUCUCAGAAUUAUAAUGGGACAAAAAGUGGAGUAUUUAUCAUUCCAUUGCCUCUUAGCCACAGCAGCCUGUGUUUCAUUCUGUAGAGUGGGGACCUUGGCAUAUGAGCCAGACAGAAACUGUGUACUCCUUCCAGGUCUUGAAUGUACACAACUGAGCAAGCAGAAUUACAGGGAUCUUUACAAGGUAAAUAUCUACUGAGGCCUGGGCACAGUCUAAAAAAAGAGUUUUUAGACUCAGAUUUCCAUCUUAUCCAGGACUAGGUGUGUCUCUGUUUACUUGAAACGAUAAAACAUUUCCCAUUUUUUAUGCCAUGAACACAUUCUUUUGUUUCUGAUGCUGGAAAUUUUCCAUGCUUUUGACCUAAGCCUGCAGCCCUUGACAUGUGCUAAACUUUAUUUGUACAAAUUAUUCCAGUGGGAUAAAUCCAUCAGGUAAAUGUGUUUUUUUGUUUACCCUAGGGCCAACACAAUUGUGUGACUGGAAGAAAAACAUUAAAAAUAGACAUUUGGAUCUUGCCAGUGAUUUAGUGAGAUUGUCAUGUUAAAUGGUUACCAACUGCAUUUGCUUUUACAGAAAUUUUCCUAAUAACUUUAAUAAGCUCAUUAAAUCCUACUUUCCUUACAUUGCAUAGGUCUGGCUGGAAGUUUUAAAUGAAUAAUUCAUUUGUUAGUAUCUGUUUUGAAAUAUGUUAUUCAGUAGUAAAUAUUUCUACUCGACAUCAGGAACAUUUCUGCCAGUCUGCCUGCAGGAGUUGACUAGGACAUGGACUCUUGAUGCCACCUAUUGCUGGAAUCCUCUGAAUGAGAACUCUAAUUGGUAAUGGCUCUGGUACUAGAACAAGCAGGAAAAAAACAUAUACCUUAAAAAAUGUAAUACACGGUGCUAAUGAAUCUGUUGUCUCUUUCUGGACUUUUACAUGGAGCAUAAAUAACAGACAAAUUAAAUAGCUACAGGGAUAUUACAUUUUGUAUUUUCUGGGUUGUUACCAUUCAAUUAUUGCAACUUAAAAAUUGGCCUUUUUAAAUUUGCACAUAAUGUAAUACUGUGAAAGUAACUGAGGACAUGGUGACCUAUGUAAUAUAAAUUGAAAUCUGUUUGAUUAUGUAUCAAACCAGUAAUGCAUGACAGAGGCCAAAACCCUACAAUACAGGAAGCUGGACUGCAGUGUUAGUCUAAGAAGUUUCUGGCAGAGUAGGAAAAGUAUGGUGCCCAAUGCAUUUGCUUUUAUAUUUCCAUGAAUGAAAUAAAUAUUUAAUAAGCUCUAUGCACUUGUUACAGAAGGUAUUCCAAGACAGCAUAACUUCAUUCAUUUCAACUAGUUAAUAUGGUUUGAAUUGAUAACAUAAAUUACAGGAGCAGACCAAUUUCAAGAUCGUCACAUACUAUCCAAACUGACCUUUUAAGCUCAUCAUUCAGCAAGGGACAUUAAGCACACUUGAGACUUUUCUCUCUAGCUUUGCCCAGAGGCAAACCCAGAAGUGUCUUCUACGACAUGAAAUUUAAAUACAGUCUACAAAAGCUAUUCCAGAAAUCACACAUGACAUCCAAACAUUCAAGUGUGUUUUUCCCUACUGAUUGUUUCAAGUAGGAGCCAGGUUUUCUGUGUCACAUCUAGACAUUUCUCUAGAAACUACCAUCAAAUGCUUAUAGCCAGAACUUGAGACUUCAUAGUGAGUCUCUUCUCUGCUUUCUGAGUCUUCAGUAAACUACAUCUUAAUAACUCACUUCCCAGUCUGCAGGCUGCUCAGGGAAGUGGUUGACUCACUAUCCCUGGAGGUAUUUAAAAGACGUAGAUGUGGUGCUUAGGGACAUGCUCUCAUGGUAGGCUUGGCAGUGUUAGAUUUAUGGCUGGACUCAAUGUAAAUUAUUCUAUGAUUUGCUUUUUAGGCAUUCAGAUACAACAGUGAGGAAGAUCUAUAUAGGGCUAAGAAGAAAAUGCUAUUGACAGUAUUUAAUUUCUCAG